AUGCAUUUAGGAUUUGGAACAAUACUGUUGUUACUGACACUAAUAACAUAUUAUUUUAGCCUUGUGAGGAUCUCAUCAGUUAAAGUUAUCUAUAGAGGAUAUCAUUCAGAUUCUAUUGAAUCGGAAGAGGAAAACCAUAUGCUUAAUCGUAACACAAUAGCGAUAAGAAGGUUAUCUGCUAUUUUGAGAAGCAAAAAUUUAAAUACGUAUAUAUUAUCUCCGGAAUCUGGACUUAAAUUAUACAAAAGCAACUACAGCUCCGAUUCUAGAUCUCUUUACCCAGUAAAAAAUUUGGAAAACACCAAAUUUGACUAUAUAUCUCCAUUUAUCUUGAACAGCAGUCUUAAACCAGCAUAUUCGACGAUGAGCAGCUCUUCCACAGUUACGUCGACGCAGGCGGAUACGACGAGUGUAACGCUGAAGCCGGUGAAAAAGUACGUCGAAAUUUUCAGGAAGGACUAUAAGCCGCCCGAGUUCGACGUGCUUAACGUGUACCUGGAGUUCGAGCUGGACGACACGAACACGAAGGUGAAGUCGAAGCUCGUGAUGCGCCGAAGGCCGAACACGCAGCCCGGCAACCUGGUCCUCAACGGGGACGAGCUCACCUGCAACUACGUGGCAGUCGACGGCCUGGAGCUGAAGAACGUGACGGUCUCAGGGUACACGCUCGACGUGGACGGGAACAUGACGGUGCCGAGCACGUUCCUGCCGCCGGACGACUCGAGGACGUUCACAGUGGAGACGCACGUGACGGUGGACCCGAAGCACAACACGAAGCUGCUGGGACUCUACAAGAGCAGCGCCUCAUUCUGCACGCAGUGCGAGCCGCACGGGUUCAGAAGGAUCACGUACUACCUGGACAGGCCGGACGUGCUGAGCACGUUCAAGGUGAAGGUGGUGGCGGACAAGAAGCAGUACCCAGUGCUGCUGAGCAACGGGAACAAGGUGGCAGCAGGACAGCUGGGGUCGAUGCACUUCGCAGAGUUCGAGGACCCGUUCCCGAAGCCGUGCUACCUGUUCGCACUGGUGGCAGGAAACCUGGCCUCGAUCUCGACGACAUUCACGACGAUGAGCGGGAGGAACAUCCUGGUGGAGCUCUCGUCGGAGCCGGAGGACGUGGGAAAGCUGAAGUGGGCGCUGCACAGCGUGGUGAAGGCGAUGAAGUGGGACGAGGAAAAGUACGCGCGCGAGUACGACCUGGACGAGUUCCACGUAUUCGCAGUGCGCGACUUCAACUUCGGAGCCAUGGAAAACAAAGGCCUCAACAUAUUUAACACGGCGCUGCUGCUGGCGGACGUUAACACGACGACGGACAGCGAGUUCGUGAGAAUCAUGAGCGUGGUGGGCCACGAGUACUUCCACAACUGGACGGGAAACAGAGUGACCUGCAGAGACUGGUUCCAGCUGACGCUGAAGGAGGGCCUGACGGUCUACAGAGAAAACCAGUUCUGCGGAGACAUGUCGAGUAAGCUGAGCAACAGAAUUAAGGACGUCCAGUACCUGAUGUCAGUGCAGUUCGCAGAAGACGCAGGACCAAUGUCGCACCCAAUCAGGCCUGAAAGCUACAUAUCGAUGGACAACUUCUACACGGCUACGGUCUACGACAAGGGCUCAUUCGUAAUAGGAAUGUACGAGUCGCUGCUGGGAGAAGAGGGAUUCAGAAAGGGGAUGGACCUGUACUUUAAGAGGCAUGACCUGAGCGCAGUGACGUGCGACGACUUCAGAGCGGCGAUGGCGGACGCGAAUAAAAAGGACCUCACGCAGUUUGAGCGCUGGUACCUGCAGAGCGGGACGCCAGUGGUGGAGGUGGUGAAGGCGGAGAGACAGGGAGAUAAGUACCACCUGGUGCUGAGACAGAGCACGCCGCCGACGCCGAAGCAGCCAGUGAAGCUGCCAUUCCACAUUCCGCUGAGACUGGGCCUCGUCGGAAGGAAGUCGGGCAAGGACCUGCUGGGAAACCUGCUGGUGGAGCUGACGGAGGAGGAGCAGGAGUUCCAGCUGGGCCCAGUGAGCGAGGACUGCGUGCUCUCGCUGAACAGAGGAUUCUCGGCGCCAGUCAAGGUGAAGUUCGAGCAGCCGGACGAAGACCUGCUCUUCCUGAUGCUCUACGACACGGACGGGCUCAACAGGUGGAACGCCUCGCAGUCGCUGGCGACGAAGGUGGUGCUCGACUUCACGAAGAAGCUGGAGGCGCUGACGCCGGAGGAGUACCUCAAGGCCUUCGAGAAGCUGAUGGAGACGGACCUGGAGUACAACGAGAAGGCGCUGUGCAUGAGUCUGCCGGACGUGGACAUUCUGGCCUCGAAGAUGAAGCCGUACGACCCGGGGCUGCUCUACGCGAGUCUGGGCGCGCUCAAGAAGGAGCUGGGCAGAGUCUACCGCCACAACUUCAUGGAGCUCUACAGCCUGCUGACGCUGAAGCCGGGCGCCACGGACGAGCUGACCAAGGAGGACAUGGCGCGGCGCUUCCUGAGGAACACAGUCUUCAGCUACCUCGUGAGCUCGCGCGACAUGGACGCGGUCGACCUGGCGCUCAGGCACUACCGCAGCGCCGCGACCAUGAACGACAAGUACGUCGCCUUCGUGAACCUGAUGCACAUGGACUUCCAGGACAGGAAGGCAAUCGUCGACGACUUCUACGCCUACGCGCGCGGCGACGCGGCGGUCGUGGACAAGUGGUUCAAGGCGCAGGCGGUCUCGGAGCUCGACUCGUGCGUGGACCGCGUGCGCGAGCUCAUGGGCCACGAGGACUUCAUCAUGAGGAACCCGAACCGCUUCAACUCGCUGGUGACGGUGUUCGCGCACGGCGAGAACUUCCACCGCGAGGACGGCGAGGGCUACCGCCUGCUCACCGACGCGGUGCUCGCAGUCGACGAGCUGAACCCGCACGUCUCCGCGCGCUGCUGCACGAAGCUCAUCAAGUACGCGAUGCUGGAGCCGCGGCGGUCCGCGCUGAUGAAGGCGCAGCUCGAGCGCGUCUUCAGGACGCCGAACAUUUCCCCCGACCUCUACGAGAUUGCGAAGAAGGGGCUCGAGUUCGCGUAG